AUGGAUAUCUCUUUUGAUUUAGAUCUUUAACUAUUUCAACAAAUAGGUCAUGGAGCUUUUAGUUAAGUAUUUCUUGGACAAUACAAUUCCCAAAAGGUAGCAAUCAAAGUACUCUUUUUCUUCAAUUUAAAAGGUAAUGGAUCCUAUAUACAUGGAUUAAUUUAAAAAGGAAGUCGAAAUAUUGGAGUCCUUACAUCAUCCUAAUUUUGCUAAAUACUACUAUGUAAUAUAAUAUUCUAUUUAAAGAGCAAAGAGACAGGAAAUUCUCUUUACAUAGUCUAAGAGUAUUUAGAGGGAAAAACACUUAGUUAAUUCAUCAAAACUGUUGAUAUGGAAGAAACUCACAUAAAACAAAUCGUUAUUGAAUUGCUUAAUUCAAUAUCUUAUCUACAUUCUCAGGAUAUUAUACAUCGAGACAUUAAACCAGGUAUUUGAUAUGUUUUCAAUAGAUAAUAUAAUAAUUACCACAGAAGGAUAGGUCAAACUUAUUGAUUUUGGGCUUAGUUCUCAUUCAGAAUCUAAAUUAUCUUAUGAUAAAUGUGGAACUCUCUUGUUUAUGGCUCCUGAAAUGAUUUUUAAAUAACCAUAUCUUAAAUCUGUAGAUAUAUGGAGUUGUGGAAUUAUUGCUUAUCAAUUAAUAAAUAAGAAACAUCCUUUUUGGGAUCCAUCAGAAUCUACUUCUACUUUUAUUCAAAGAGUUUAAUAAUUCAACCCUAAUUUUUAUGAAAUGGAUGAUUAUUAAAGAUCAUUCUUUUUAAAAUGUGCUGCUUAUUCACCUGAAGCAAGAAUGAAUGCCAAUCAAGCUUUAUAACAUCCUUGGUUAUCAGGAAAAGGAGAAUUAUGGUAACCAAUUACUAUGGCUGAUAUGAAAAGGCUUUUUGAUAAUAAAAUGAAAACUAUUUAAAUCAUUAAAGCCUUAAUGAUGAUAAAAUUAUUAUGCCAAAAAUUUGGUACUUUUAUACCAAGUGAAUUCACUAAUUAUGAAUUUAAUGAUUCGACAGCAGACACUAAUACUAAUUUCAAAUUAAAACUUGUUAGAAGUAGUUCUCGAAAUCCUUCAUUUAUUAAAUAAGUUCGUAGUACAAGUACUAUUUUCUUUGAAAGCAAUAAUCUACCUUCACCUAUAAGAUUUACUCAUAAUAAUAAAAGAGUUUCUAUUUCUCCAAAUAAAACUAUGUUACAUUCUGAGUCAACUUAAUUUGGCUAAAUUGCUAAAAGAAAUAAUUAAGUUAUAAAACUACCGUAUUAUUAUUGUAUAUCUAUUUUUUAGUCCAUUAUCCAAUUCUCCUAUUUUAAAAAAACAAAGAAAAAGUAACUUAAAUUUUAGAUUGAAAUAGUAUUGA